GGCUGAAUGGGGUUUUCUUUUGAGUUUCCCGAUUCUACCUUUCCUUUUUGUUUGACUUCUUCUUGCUUUCUUUUUGUUUUUCCUUGAUUCUUCCUUUUCUUUUUCUUCUUUGUUUUCUUUCUAUUUGAGGAAAAUUUCUUUGAUCUUGUGGCUUGAUCUUGGCCGGUUAUCUUACGAUGGCCGUUAAUCCUUCUGCUGCCAAUUCUAUUCCGUCUUCUGCUACCGGCUCCGCUUCGGUCAUUGCUUCUGGUUCCGUUCUGGUUACAGCUUCUGGCUCUGAUCCGGUCACGGUCUCUGGCUCUGAUCCGAUCGCGGCUUCUAGCUUUGUGUCGGUUUCUGCUUCCGGCUUUGUUCCGUCCUCGGCUUUUGGCUCUGUUCUGUCCUCGGUUUUUGGCUCUGGUGGCUCUUUUGCUGAUGACGCGGGUGUCCUUCCCUCUUCUUCUAAGCCGGAGUUCUUUGAUAUUUUUUGCCUUCCCCUUAACGCGGAUGGGAAAUUUGUUGUGAAAGAGAGCCGUUGGUCCUCCAAUGCCUUCAGGGACACUGCAUCUAAGAACGACACCACCUCAAUCGCCUCAAUCCUUCUAUCUCCGGCUCCUCCAAACCUUCCCCCAAUUCCAACUGUCAAGAUCGUGAAAAGAGGCGAGACAGGGAACACUGCUCGGAAUGCUACAAUUGCCAGCAUGAGGAGGAAGCCAAGGAGUAGUAAGGAUUGGGCAGCUUUUGAGGAUGCAGAGGAUUAUGUUAUAGCUAUUCACAGUUGGAGUAGUUUUGUGAACGCGGAGGUUCUCAAGGUUUAUGAUGCUAGUUCCCCGUUGUCUGUCUGUUUUCUGCAACUCCUUGGUGAUUGUAACAAAGCUUCUUCAAAUAUGGAGGUGCGUUAUGACUCUAAGUUUGACAGUCCUGCAAACAUGUAUUCCUUUGUGGUAGUAGAUCGCCUGCACAUGAUAUCAUCUUAAGAUUUUCUCCUGCACAGGCUCUUAGUGACUCUCUUGUCUUUUGUUUGAUUGUUAGGAGAUGAUGGUUGGUCUUUCGAGGAGCUCAAGUUUGCGCAGCUUUCUUGAAAGUUGUUGGAAAUUGCUUGCAUAAUAGAGCAUUCGAGGCUCCAUAUACUGUCAUUGCCAUUCUAUAUCCUUGCACAUGCUCCACUGGGUCUUGAGUUCCAUCGUAUUUAGCUAGCUCUGCCUGCCUACUUCUAUUUUUGCCAGAUGUUGUCGCAAUGCUUCAAUUUCUUUGUAAAUACCGUCAUUAUGAACCUGUGUUUCUGCCUUUUGUGGUUUUGUUGUAGUAAAUGUAGCCUUAUGGACUUGCUGGCUAUCCCUUCUUUGGCUUGAAUGUGUGCGAUGUAUCACAUUUUGACUUCGAAAAUUGUAUUGAGUGAAAGCUGAGGAUGGUUGCAGACUAGUUUUGGUCGUCAAUUCUGUUGGUUUUGAAGUAUUUCUUGGGUUUGUUCUUGAUGACGAAGAGUCACCCAUUCUAUCCUCGCUUCUGGAGCUCGGAAUACUUCUAUGAGGUCGUGAUGAAUUUUCUGAAUUUUUCAUGUGGUAUUCGUGGAUUGAAAAGUGCCGAGCCCCACGGUGGACGCCAAAUGUUAACAGUAAAAAAUAGAAUAAAUGGUGUGGAACCAAGAUAUUUAUUGAUAGAGAGAGUUUACAAUGUAGAGAGAAUAAUGAUGGAAAAAUAAUCUACCUCCAUAGGUUGAUUCUAGAGGUAUUUAUAGGAUGCUUAAAUAUAGUUAUUCUAGGAAU